UGUGCCCUCAGGACUUUGUCCAGCAGUGAUGAUGUGGAGGACAGGGAGACAGAGAAGGGGAGGCUGGAGGAGGCCUACGAGAAGUGUGACCGGGCCCUGGACGAGCUGAUCGUGCAGCACUACACGGAGCUGACCACGGCCAUCCGCACCUACCAGAGCAUCACCGAGCGCAUCACCUCCUCCCGCAACAAGAUCAAGCAGGUGAAGGAGAACCUGCUGUCCUGUAAGAUGCUGCUGCACUGCAAACGGGACGAGCUGCGCAAGCUGUGGAUCGAGGGCAUCGAGCACAAACACGUCCUCAACCUGCUGGACGAGAUCGAGAACAUCAAGCAGGUCCCUCAGAAGCUGGAGCAGUGCAUGGCCAGCAAGCACUACCUCAAGGCCACAGACAUGCUGGUGUCAGCAGUGGAUUCCUUGGAGGGUUCUCUCCUUCAGGUGGAGGGACUGAGUGACCUGAGGCUGGAGCUGCACAGUAAGAAGAUGAACCUGCACUUGGUGCUGAUCGAUGAGCUCCAUCGUCACCUCUACAUCAAAUCCACCAACCGCGUGGGCCAGCGCGGCAAGGACAGGGGCAGGAUCGGCUCACUUGUCAAAGAUGCCUCUCCUGUCCCUCUGAUGGAUGUCACUAAUUUAUCUACACCUCGGAAGUUCCUUGAAACUUCCCAGUUCAGCACUCCUGGAAGCUCUAGUAUGAGAGAAACAAGCCUGCUGGAAAUGAAAGAAGAUACAGAUCUGGAUCCAGAGGAGAACAGCAAUGUCUUCAUGGGGAUACUCAUCAAAGGGUUGGCCAAGCUGAGGAAAAUCCCAGAGACAGUGAAAGCCAUUCAGGAUCGCCUGGAACAGGAGCUCAAGCAGAUUGUGAAGAGAUCCACGACUCAGGUGGCUGACAAUGAUUACCAGAGAGGGGAGAAUAUUUCCCAGGAAAAUCAGCCUAGGUUACUGCUGGAACUGCUGGAGCUUCUCUUCGACAAGUUCAACGCUGUGGCUGCUGCACACUCGGUGGUCCUGGGACACCUGCAGCAAACAGUGGCCUCUCCCUGCAGCCAGUAUGAUGGUGACAUCAAGCUCUAUGACAUGGUUGAUGUGUGGGUGAAGAUCCAGGAUGUCUUGCAGAUGCUGCUGACAGAGUACCUGGACAUGAAGAACACCCGUACAGCCUCGGAGCCCUCGGCCCAGCUGAGCUACGCCAGCUCUGGCAGGGAAUUUGCCGCCUUCUUCGCCAGGAAGAAACCCCAGCGGCCCAAGAACCCUCUCUUCAAGUUUGAGUCCUCCUCCCAUGCCAUCAGCAUGAGUGCCUACCUGAGGGAGCAGAGGAGGGAGCUGUACAGCAGAAGUGGAGAACUUCAAGGAGGACCAGAUGAUAACUUAAUUGAAGGUGGUGGAUCCAAGUUUGUCUGCAAACCAGGAGCCAGGAACAUCACCAUCAUCUUCCAUCCCCUCCUCAGGUUUAUCCAGGAGAUAGAGUAUGCCAUGGAGCUUGGCCCAGCCAAGCAGUGUCCCCUGCGUGAGUUCCUCACCAUGUACAUCAAGAACAUCUUCCUCAACCAGGUCCUGGCUGAGAUCAACAAAGAGAUUGAAGGUGUCACAAAGGCAUCUGAUCCCCUGAAGAUUUUGGCUAAUGCAGAUACCAUGAAGAUCCUUGGGGUGCAACGGCCUCUGCUGCAGAGCACAGUGAUUGUGGAGAAGACUGUUCAGGACCUGAUGAACCUGAUGCACGACCUGAGUGCCUACUCGGACCAAUUCCUCAACAUGGUGUGUGUGAAGCUCCAGGAGUACAAGGACACCUGCACUCUUGCCUUCAGGACCAUUGUGCAGUCGGAUGAGAAGCUGGUGAUCAGUGCCUCCUGGGCUAAGGAUGAUGACAUUAGCAGACUCUUGAAAUCUCUGCCCAACUGGAGCAACAUGGCUCAGCCCAAGCAACUGAGACCCAAGAGAGAGGAGGAGGAAGACUUUAUAAGAGCUGCUUUUGGCAAAGAAUCCGAAGUUCUCAUUGGCAACCUGGGAGAUAAGCUCAUCCCUCAGCAGGAGAUCCUGCGCGAUGUCAGUGACCUCAAGGCCUUGGCCAACAUGCACGAGAGCCUGGAGUGGUUGGCAGGACGCACCAAGGCAGCUUUCUCCAGCCUCUCAGCCACCCAGAGUAAGUAGCUCCCACAGGAGAACC